AUGCCCAACGAAACUUCACAGCUUGUUCCAUGGAAGAAUUUAGGUAAAUCAGGAUUGAAGAUUUCCAAUAUCAUCAUCGGUUGUAUGAGUUUUGGUUCGAAAAAUUGGGAAGAAUGGUUAAUUGAGGACAAGGAAGAAAUUUUCAAGAUUUUAAAGACAGGCUACGAUCAUGGCAUUAGAACUUAUGAUACAGCUGAUGUUUACAGUAAUGGUCUUUCUGAAAAGCUUUUGGGUGAAUUUUUAAAAAAAUAUCAAAUCAAAAGAGACAAAGUUGUUAUUUUAACAAAGGUUUUCUAUCCAGUUGAUGAUGAUUAUCCAGUUGGCUAUCCAGGUAAUGUUCUUGACAAUAUUGGCUCUGAAGUUGAUAAGCUAAAUUUCCAAAAUAAUAGAGGGCUAUCAAGAAAACACAUCUUGGAUGCUGCCAAAAAUUCUGUUGAGAGAUUAGGCACAUACAUUGACGUUUACCAAAUCCAUAGAUAUGAUCCUUCAACACCACAGGAGGAGACAAUGAAAGCAUUGAACGAUUGUAUUGAAGCAGGAUAUACAAGAUACAUUGGUGCUUCUUCAAUGAAGGCUGUUGAAUUUGCUGAAUACCAACACAUUGCAGAUAAAAAUGGAUGGCAAAAGUUCAUCUCAAUGCAAAGUUUCUACAAUUUGUUGAACAGAGAAGAUGAAAGGGAGAUGAACUAUUAUUGUGAUAAAACUGGCGUUGGUUUAAUUCCUUGGUCGCCAUUAGCUGGUGGAACUUUAGCUAGACCUGUCCCAAAAGAGGAAUCUGAAUUCACCACUAGAACUCAAGUGACAAAAUUUAAUGCUUUGAUCGGUGGAGGGUUCACUGCUGAAGACAACACGAAGAUUGUUGAUAUUGAAAUCAUCAAACGAGUUGGUGAAAUUGCUGGAAAGAAAAAUGUGACAAUGGCUGCUGUUGCAACAGCAUGGGUUAUUUCAAAAGGAGCUGCCCCAAUUAUAGGUUUUAGUUCUGAAAAAAGGGUACUUGAUGCUGUUAUUGGUGCAAAUUUGAAGUUAACCGAAGAUGAGAUCAAGUACUUGGAAGAACCAUACCAGCCAAGACUAAGAGCCUAUUGA